AUGAAUUUCCUCAAAUCGGCAGUGGCGUCCGCCAUUGCCCAGGGACCGCCGUUCCCUUACACCUUUGGCGAUCGGGUUGACGCCGAUGCCUCCAUCUGGACGCUCUACAAUGGCACGCGCCGUGAAGAUGGCAGCAACUGCAGCAUCUUUGCCUUUGAGAUCAAUCCCUCGACCAAAUCCCGACUCCCGCUUGCCAAGAACGCGCUCAAGAAGCUGCGCACCAUGCGCCACCCCGGCGUCAUCAAGAUCCUGGACACGGUCGAGACAGAGACAUAUAUCUACAUGGCGACGGAGCGCGUCGUCCCGCUACGGUGGCACGUCAAGAGAAAGAGUUUGAGCCAGGAGACCAUCAAGUGGGGAUUGUACAGCAUCGCGCGUACUGUCAAGUUCAUCAACGACGAGGGCGCCAGCAUACACGGCAACCUCAAAGUCGCAAGCGUCUACACCUCCGAGAGCGGCGAGUGGAAGCUCGGCGGCUUCGAUGUCCUCAGUAACGUCAAGGACGACGAUGCCGUCAUCUACACAUUCGGCAGUCUGGUGCCUGACAAUGGUCGGUAUACGCCGCCCGAGCUGGCGCGCAACGGCUGGGAUGCCAUCAAGAGGAGCCCGCACUCGGCCGUCGAUUCAUACAUGUUUGGCGCAUUCAUCUCCGAAACUUUCAAUGGUGAUUUUCUGGGAUCGGACCAAGCAGGCCAGACAAAAGGCAUCCCUCCUACCAUGCACACGAGUUACAAGAGGCUAGUCAACGCAAACCCCAAGGCAAGGAUAACAGUGGGCGCGUUCCUGGAGAUGGGGAAACGCACAGGGGCAUUCUUUGACUCACCGCUCAUCAAGUUGACAGAGGGCGUGGAUAACCUCGGGAUGAAAUCUGAGGAGGAGAGGGAACAAUUCUUGGACGAUCUCGACUCGCUGUCCGACGACUUUCCAGAAGACUUUUUCAAGAUGAAGGUUUUGCCAGAGCUGCUCAAGUCUGUGGAAUUCGGUGGAGGAGGACCGAAGGCUUUUGGGGUAGUCAUGAAGAUUGCCACAAAACUCUCCAGCGACGACUUUGAGGCCAAGGUGCAGCCUGUGGUCAUCAGGCUCUUUGGAAACCCCGACAGAGCCAUUCGAGUCUGCUUGUUGGACAAUCUACCAGUCAUGAUUGAUAGACUGCCCCAAAGAGUGGUCAAUGACAAGAUCUUCCCCAAUAUUGUAACUGGCUUUACAGAUAUGGCGCCAGUCGUCCGGGAACAGACCCUCAAGUCGGUAUUGGUCAUUAUUGGCAAGCUUUCAGACAGAGUCAUUAAUGGCGAGCUGCUCAAGUACCUUGCCAAAACGGCAAAUGACGAGCAACCUGGCAUCAGAACCAACACUACCAUUUGCCUUGGAAAGAUUGCCAAGAACCUCGGAACUUCAACCAGGAGCAAAGUCCUCAUUGCCGCAUUUACGCGCUCACUACGCGAUCCAUUCGUACAUGCCCGCAACGCUUCUCUCAUGGCCUUGGCAGCCACUUCGGAGCACUUUACCGAAGAGGAUUGCGCUUCAAAGGUCAUGCCAGCCAUUUGCCCUUCCCUGAUCGACAAGGAGAAGAUGAUUCGGGACCAAGCGCUCAAGACACUUGAUGUAUACAUGAACAAGAUCAAGAAAGCCGCCGCAAGCAUGCCCGACACGGUUUUGCCUCCGCAGCCUGCCAGCGAGGGUGCUGGUCCUCGCAUGAGCACGCCUCAAGCGAGCGAGGCUUCUUCGUGGACUGGUUGGGCCAUUUCGUCCUUUACUAACAAAUUAUCGACUGCCGCUGGAGAGAUUGAGCCGUCGGCAAGUAACGGCACCAACACUCCCACCGCCAGAGUCACUUCCCCGACUCCUGGAGCAAACCGCCUCGUACCAUCCACUUCCUCGGCAUCCACCCUACAUCGACAGGCAGUCUCGCCACGCCCCUCGACAUCGCUAUCUCGUACCUCCUCGACAUCAAAUGCGGAAGCCUACUUCAAGGAUCCGGAGCCUGUUGACGAAGAUACCGGGGACGCAUGGGGUGAUAUGGGCGACAUGGACGACGGUGAUGCCUGGGGAGACGACACAGCGGAUACAACACCUGCCUCGUUUACUGCGGCCGCAUCAAAGCCUGUCAAGAAGGACGUGUCAUCGCCUGCACCCUUUGAUGAUGGAUCGGAGCCUGAUUUCGCCGGAUGGCUGGCUGCCCAGGCAAACAAGAAGACGGGCGCAAAGGCUUUGCCAAAGGGCUUGACCAAGGCAAACAGCACAGGCACGGUCAAGAAAGUUAGCAGCGUUGCAAGCAGCAAACCAAAGCCCGUCGUAGCCAAGAAGCUCGAUAUGAAGCCCAAGGAAACAGAGGACGAUGACGGAUGGGGCGACGGCUGGUAG